UGGAGUGUUAAAAAUAUGGGUGCAUAUCUCAGAUGUAAAGUGUAGAUUUGUCCAACAUUAUGAGUGCUGUUUAGAGAUUCAUUCUGAUGACCUAAGUGCUGCCAUAUCAAAAAUCUUGCAUCACAUUAUACACAGGCAUGGAGACCCAUGCAUUGUAAACAUGUUGAAAUCAUUUCCACCUCAUGGUCCCUUGACUAAUGCAGUCAUUUUGCCAGAUUAAAUUGUCAUUUCCCCUUUUCAGUCAAUUGUCUCAAGGCAAUUACUUUUGUAUGAGGAGUGAGGAGAACUCUAUUUGCCUACCUCAUAAGUAAAUAAGGAAGAAGCCAUUUCUGUGUCUUCCUGCAGGUAAACAUCACAAUAUGUGCCCUAGCAAAUCAGAAACAAUAAGGCUUUCACAGAAAUUAUUUUUGCCAAUCCCCCAAAAAUAAAAACAUAGGUUACACUUGAAUCAAUUGUACGUGCAAAUGAUUGCAUCACAAAUGUAAUAUGCAUAACCAAAUGUAAGUCCUGGUGCUUGACAAGCAGUGAAUUACAGCAAAAAUGUUUGUUUUUUUGCAGUUUAAUGCUCCCAAAUGCAUUUUACUGCUGUUUAUUUACUGAGUGAAAUCUUAUCUACCUUAAGUUUUUUCAAACCCCAGAUAGCCUAAUACCUUUAGCCUGUAGUGCAAGUAAUCAUUGUGGCAAGAAGGUCAUUCACAGUGAGAAAUUGCUAAGAUUUCCAAGUGCAGUGUCCAGUAAGGUUCCAGCUGAUGGGCAGUAAUGUUAACAGGAGCAGACCAGGAAGACAAAGAAGCAGUAGGCAAAUAUCUAGUGUUGUCUAGCAAGAAGAACAGUUGUAAAACUGUGCCAUAACUACAGGAAGAACUCAAUGCAACUUGACACCUGUACACUAUAUAUGUAUAGGUGUAUGUGGUUGCAAUAGGUAAUCCCUCACCUUCAACCCUUGAUAGAUAAUAGCCUCUUUACUGACCUGUUCAGCAUGAUAACCAUACUGGUGAACAAAUAGGGUUUAAAAAUUGAAAUCAGUAUUGUUUUCCCUUUUCUCGCCAUUUCAGAGAAUAAUUCUACUUAUGUUUCUACUCUAAAAGGCUUUAAUGUACAAAUGCACCUGCAAACAACCGGGAUCAAACAAAGCCUUAAAAAGGUGCCAUGUGAUUUUAAUCACGUCAAACCUAUAAAUAGCCUAUUCCCUCCCAUAACCGUAUAUUUAUUACGUCAUACCAAAUAUUAUGUGUUUAUGCAGACUACACAUAAAGUUGGUAAUGUAGUCUCACAUCUUUAACCUUUGUAGGGAUUUUGAGCUCUUGGAAAAAAUGACGAUCAUAAUAUCACUGAGACAUACAUUACUGGAGACCUAUGUCUCUCACCAUUUUAAUGAUCCUGCAUUGAGUUAAGACCGAAGCAAUCAAGCCGUUAAGCCAGGCCUUGAAAGAGCAUUCAAAAAGGAUGUCAUUUAAUUCCUCGUUAAGGUGCUAGGGCUGUAAAGUGAUGAUUACCGGACAGGAGUCACUUUCUUGAGCCACAAAUUGCAUCGUUAAGGGAUGCCAGGCGGAAAAAUAAAGCAGAUCAGUAAGUGGGUGGGAUGGUUACUGGAAAAGUUCAGAGGUGGACUCAGGUACUGAUAGGCGUAGGGAUGGAGCCGGGUAUAUAUGUAGCAGAUGGCACUGCUCAGAGGUACGUAUCAGCUUGAGGAGUUGGUCUCGAGCAAGAGGGGUGUGUAUUUCAGUGUUACCAGUUCAGUGACUCCGAAGGCCAACAUGAAGGCACUGUUGUUACCUGUGGUGCUGUUGUGGGUGCUAUGGUCGGUGGCACAGGCGCAGGGCGAGGUGACAGCUGUCAAACUGUGCGGCCGGGAGUUCAUCCGCGCUGUGGUCUACACCUGUGGUGGUUCCCGGUGGAGGAGGAUCGUUGAAGAGCGAGAGCUGAAAGGAGUUGAGGACACAGAGGACCAGAAUUCCCUGGGGCUCUUUGGAGACAGCCUUGGGAUGGACCGUGCACAGCGGGACCUGAACCAGAUGCUGACCACCGUGUGCUGCCAGAUGGGCUGCCGAAAGAGCGACCUGGCCUUCCUGUGCUGAGGACAGCUCUGGCACGCACCUGAUCCAACACAGACACUCUUUUCUCUGACUGCAAUGUAAGCGUGCUAAAAUAUAUCGCCAACUUUGAUUAUGAAUUGUUAAAAAUAGAAACCAAUUCACUGUUUUGCGAAAGAAAAUGCUUAUUUUAUUUGCACUGUACAAGAAUAAAAUUAUUCAGUUUGCAAGAAAAAGGAAUAUCUAAGAAUAAAAUGUGCAAGAGGACAUUCAGUCUAUUUGCUAUGCUCUUCCAAAAAAUAAUGAUUUUAAACAAAUAUGAUAUUAUUUUUGAUGCUUGAUCAUUUCUAUAUACUAUAUUGAUCACCAAAAGUUAUGAUGCAUGAAUUAAAUGUUGAAUUGCUAAAUCUUACAUUUCUAAAAAUUCAUAACUCAAAAUUAAGUAUAAAUUGGUAUAGCAGUUAGAUUGAAUGUCCCUGUCCAAUUCACAUUUUUAAGCACUGUGCCAUGCAUUAUGAGAUUAUAAAUUCUAAAGAUUAGUCCUCUGUCUCAGUGUAAAAGAUGGCUUGUGGCCUUCCUGUCACAACAGCCAUUCUGCAUACAGAAGCAUCUAAUUAAACGAGGAAUUGGCUGGAGGUUCUCAUACAGUAUAUGUACAGUAUGCACCCUCCCCUCAUUGUUCCACUAUGAAAUGUAAAAAGCAUUACCUUUUGAGUACAUUCAAUAUUUUUCAGCAUUUAGAAAAAUAUAAAGACAGUGCAUAUGCUUUACAUGUAUUGUAUUUUGCUAUUAUGGUAUAAUAAACAUUGUUUCAUAUGCUGAGAA